AUGGGCGAAUCAGUCUUCAGGGCCUCGGACACACAGGAUCCAAAGCCCAUCACAUCCAACGCAUUCGAGAAGUCGCGUCCCCGGAAAAAAGCUCGAAGAUCCUGCUCGAACUGCCAACGAGCACACAAAACAUGCGGAAACGAACGACCAUGCAACCAAUGCGUCAAGCGCGGUAUCGGCCUAUCCUGCGUUGACGGCAACCGCAAGCCACCAAAAUACCUUCUCUGCGACCUGGAGAGGCCCGCUCCCUCUGCACGAGUACCGCAGAAGCAGGUGAAUAGAAUCAUUGCGCCCACAGACGACCUUGGCUUUGCUGAAUUCAUCGACCCAACGCUUCUCCACGCCGAGAGUCCAAGCUCUGGUCUCGAAAACCAAGCCACGAUGAGACUAUACUGGGAUGACAAUGGGAGUGUCAGUCCCAUUGGGGGCUCGAACAAGUUGCAGAGUCCGCCGUCGGAACAAGACCUCGGUCCUAAGACGCCAGAGGAUAUGGGCAUGUGUGGAGAAGGAGGGUUGAUGGCUGAUCUGUUCCAGCCGCAGAUUUCCAAUGAAGAUGGCUACGAUGGGCACUCUCAUGGUGGUAUUCAUGGCAGGAGGCCAAGCUAUGGGAUCUCGAUUAGUAGUGGCUGGUCAGAUACGUUUUUCCCAUGCGAGAUGGAUGACGAGGCUGGUGGGGUGAAGAAGAUGGCGAGGAGUGCAAAGUAUGAGCUUGCUUUGCUUUGA